UCCUAAGUGCAGAAAAGCAAACAGGGCUGUUUGGGCACCAGGGACAGGGCUGAGAUCUCUGCAGGGACUUGCAUACUCCAGGCUAGAGUGGGCUUUAAACAGCAUCAGACUCCCUGAUGUUUGUCUCCACCACAGCCUGCAGAUCCUUGGGACAGUGGCUUCGUGGUCAUGGCUUGGGUACAUCAUGGACUGGGCCUGUUGCUGGUACUACUGCUGCCCACAGUCCCUGCCUCCUCACCGGGUGCUGUGAUCCGAAUCAACAGGGCAGCCCUGAACUAUGUGUCUGAUGUUGGGAAAGCCCCUCUCCAGCGGGCACUGAUGGUCAUGGUUCCACCUUGUCUGGACUGGAGUGGUGAGAUGCUUCAGGCCAUCAAGAUCAAGAUUCUAGAUGUCCAUGUGUCCCACCUCGACCUGAAAUUCAUUGCUGAUUUUGGGCUACAUCUGAUGGCAAAAGCCAAUUUUACCAUCAAGGUCUUCCGCAUCCCUGAACCUCUGGAGCUGACACUGCCUGUGGCACUGACAGCAGAUGCCCAUGUGGCCCAGGGUCCCAUCGGGACACCUAUGAUCAGCCUCUCCACAUGCUCCCCACUCUUCAGUCCUGCCAGCGUGCUGGAUGGCAGUAACAGCACCUCCGCCAUGCUGCUGGUCCUGGUGCAGAAGCACAUUAAAGCCAUCCUGAGCAACAAGGUAUGCCUGCGCAUCUCCAACUUGGUGCAGGGCCUCAACGUCCACCUGGGAACCUUGAUUGGCCUUAGCCCGGUGGGUCCUGAAUCCCAGAUUCGCUACUCCAUGGUCAGCAAGCCCAUCGUCACUGAUGACUACAUUGCUCUGGAUGUCAAUGCUGUCUUCUUCCUGCUGGGCAAGCCCAUCAUCCCACCCCUGGCAGCUACCUCCUUCGAGUUACCCUUGUCUGUGGACACCACAGGUGCCAUGGUAUCUGUGGGCCUCUCCCAGCAACUGUUCAACUAUGUUCUGCUGCUGCUGCAGAAGGCGGGCACCCUCAACCUGGAUAUCACAGGGGACUUGAGUUCUGACGACAAUCCACUGAAUACGUCUGUACUGGGCCAGUUCAUCCCUGAGGUGGCCCAGCAGUUUCCCAACCCCAUGUCCGUGGUGCUCAAGGUUCAGCUGGGUGCCACACCUGUGGUCAUGUUCCAUACCCACAACGCCACAAUGAGCCUACAGCUGUUUGUGGAAGUCCUGGCUGUGUCCUCUAACUCGGAUUUCCAGUCCCUUUUCUCCCUGGAGGUGGCAGUGAACCUGAGCCUGCAGCUCUCAGUGUCCAAGGUGAAGCUCCAGGGUACCACAUCAAUGCUGGGGGACAUCAGGCUCGCAGUGGCUGCCUCUAAUGUGGGCUUCAUUGAUGUGAAGCAUGUACACACUCUUGUGGGCAGCCUGUUACAGAAGCCACUGCUGGAUCACCUCAAUGCUCUCCUAGGCAUGGGAAUCGCUCUCCCCAGCGUGGUUAACCUCUACUACAACAGCCCUGAGGUCUUUGUGUAUGAGGGAUAUGUUGUGAUAUCUAGUGGACUCGUCUACCAGCGCUGAUGCACGGCCACUGGGAGAGCUGAGGGAGAGCCGGCCUUGCUGCUCAGGAGCCUUGUGCAUUCAAGCCACUGGGGAAACUGAGGCAUCACGGCCAACAAACCGGCUGGGCUGUCUCAUCUUCACUGAGUACCUGGAUCCCUCUCAUACACUUUCUCCUCGUCUUUUCUUCCUUAUCUUCUCCUCCUUCUCCCUUAUCCUCUCUGCUCCAUCAACCCCUCCUGAGGGAAAAGCUUGCUCCCCCAAGUUAUCCAAGCCUCUCUCAUCUUGCAUUAAACAUCUCUUGAGCUGAAAGUUCCAGCAAAA